CACUGCACCCUGCACUCUCUCCAUCUUCUAGCCUGGUUUUCUGCUCCCUCCCUGCACAAACGGGCCCAUCUGGACCCCCAGUCAGCCUCCUCCCUCGGUGAGGGGCAGCGGGAGUCACUGGCGGCCCUGGAUGUGGACCUGCAGCCCCUUCAGCAUGGCUCAGUGGGGGACCUGAGUGACGCGGGACAGCAGUCCCACCAUGACGCGUCCACACUAACCGACCUUUGCUCUGACCUGCCAGAGCUGGAGAUCGUCAGCCUCUUAUCAGAAGGUCAGCCCAACUACACUCUCCGAGCAGACAGUGUGUUUGGAUAUGACAGUGAGGACUGGCUGCACACCCCCCUGCUGCCGCCGCAGGUCGUCCUGGGACUCACCCACGAGCAGAUCCAAGAGACGCUCAAGUACUUCUUGCUGUGCUCCGAUAGAGUGGGGCAGGUCACCAAGACGUACCAUGACAUCAAAGCGGUCACCCACCUGCUGGAGGAGAAAGAGCGAGAUCUGGAGCUUGCUGCUCGGAUCGGUCAGUCACUCCUGAAGCAGAAUCAAGAGCUGACGGCACGAAAUGAAAUGCUGGACGAGCAGCUGGAGGUGGCGAAAGAAGAGAUCGCACAACUUCGCCACGAGCUCUCCAUGCGGGACGACCUCCUGCAGUUCUACGCCAGCACGGAGGAGCUGGAGAGCGCUCAGGCACACUCACCAAUCAAAAGGAACGAAUCGAGUGGAUCUCUCAGCAGUUUCAUCCACUACGACUUCCUGCAGAAGAAACUCAAGACUCUGGAGGAGGAGAACCACAAGCUCAGAGAGGAGGCCAACGAGCUCUGCACUGAAACCACGAGCUACGAGGAGCAGGAGCAGGAGCUGAUGAUGGUUUGCGUGGAGGAGCUCUCGUCUGCCAACAAGCAGGUGGUGGAUCUCUCAGAGGAGCUGGCUCGAAAGGUGGAGGACUCUCUGCGGCAGCAGGAGGAGAUCAGCUCUCUGCUCGCUCAGAUGGUUGACCUGCAGGCCCGCUGCAAAGGGCUUUCCCAUGAGAAUGAAGAUCUGAGCCAACAGCUGAGCAUCUGCAGAGAGGGCCAGGCCAAACUGCGGUCAGAGCUCAAGGACUUGCAGGACAAAUACUCAGAGUGUGAGGACAUGCUCCACGAGGCACGAGAGGACAUUAAGAACCUGCGAAACAAGAGUCUGCCCAACAGCACGGUGCAGCGGUACACGGCGCUGGCCUCUGUCCUCCCCAUGGACUCUUUGGCAGCAGAGAUAGAGGGCACCUUCCGCAAAGGCCUGGACACCCCCGUCCCUUCAGAGUACAGGAACCACCCGUGGCGUGUCUUUGAAACGGUAAAGAUGGCCAACAAGGCCGGGAGGCCUCGGUCUCGGUGCCACUCGCCGUUUCUGCCGGGCUCCAGCCCCCCGUCUGCCUCCUGCAGCCGCACCAGCACCCCCAGAACCAGCUACUACGGCUCAGACAACGUCAGCCCCACACUGGAGGACAAGGCCGGCUCUGCUCAGGCUGCUAAGGAGGACAGCAGUGCUAGUGGGCCAAAGCGUUUGGGUCAGCCAGGCACCCCGGGAGGUCAGGACCUGGAGGCGGCGCUGCGCAGCCUUUCCGCCCGCCAGCAGAACCACGCGUCCGACCGGCCUUUUUUCGACGUGGAGCGGGAGCGGAAGCUGCACGCCCUAGCGACAGACUGUGGGGGAGGGGACGGCUCCAGCGGCUUCCUUACCCCCAACGACAGCCUGGCCUCAAGUCCAGCAGCCUCCACAGGCACCAACUACUCCAACGGCAGCUCUCAGCACUCCUGCGGCUCCUCUGGAGGAUCCAGGUCCUACUUGCCCGACCGACUGCAGAUUGUUAAACCACUGGAAGGCUCGGUGACUCUACACCACUGGCAGCAGCUGGCUAAACCAAACCUGGGGGGCAUCCUGCACCCGCGGCCGGGUGUCCUGACUAAAGACUUCAAGGAGCUUGAGGUGGACGUCCAGCACGUGUACAGCCUGAAUGACCUGGAGGAGGACGAACCGGAGCUGGACGGAGCGCGUGCUGCGGUCUCUCCAUUGGGUCUUCCUCAUAACCUCCCCCCUCAUGCCAUAGCUGCCCACAAACGCUCCCCCCUCAUUCCCUCCUUCUCCACCCGGCUUCGCUCUCUCAGCCUGCCGUCUCUUUGGAACCGUGAACACGUGAGCCCCUCCUACCCGCCGGCUGCCCCCCCCCUGGGACUCCUGCAGCUUUUGAAGCAGCGUGGCAUCUCAGCCUCCCCGCAUCCACUCAGCGACUGGCGCCACGAACCGCGGGCCGCACGGCCCACCGUGGAGGACAAGGGGGGAGGGAACUCUUUUAGCCUGAACUUGGUGGAGAAGCUCCAGAACCUUGGGCUGCACAGAGUGGCAGCGUGGGGGAUGAUGAAUCGAUGGGGAGGAGGGAGGGAGCAGCAUCCUCCCAAAGUGUAACCCUCCCGAUUCACCUCAGUGACCUGCAGGACCCCCACAGUCACUCUGUGUCAGAGCCCCACAGGAGUGCUGAUGAUGGUGCUUCUCUGGACAUACCCCCCCGAUCAUCCUUUAAUACUUUGUGUUGUGGACGUGCUUUUACCGUUUUCACAUUGCUGCUUUUAAAAAAAGUCGAGACUCUUGUUGCUUUUAGUUUUCAGAGCCAUAUGACCAUCCUUUUGGUUUCUGGGACCCCAAAACUUGGGUGAGUCCCCUCCACCUGCACUUAAACUGGCUUGGGUCACAGGGAAAUGACCCCCACCCCUACCAAAAAAAACCCAAAGCAGUCCUCUGCCCUGCGGCCGGCAGAAGACUGCGCGCAAACCUGCGUCUGUGUUUGAAAUCGCAUGUCAUUUGUCUGCGGUGUUCUGUUUGAAAACAGUUUUUAGACGUCAUGCCGUCUUUCCGAACACUCGGCUGUAGGAAAAAGGCAUAGGAUACUGUGGAUUUAAAGGGAAACCGACUCCAGCCCCCACCCCCCCACACACACCUCUGCUGUAGUCUGAGAGCUGUGAGUGUAAACUGUAGCACCUGUGAAUAAAGCUCUUCAGUGCA